UUUUCCAUUCGGCAUUCCGUUCUUUUUUAGUUUUUCCUGCUUUUCAAUCAUCUUCCAGUGAGCUUGGCUAGUCCUGACUCCUGAUAACUGGGCGAGAGUUUUCGGAUAGAGCGAUGGAGGAAAUGGAAGAAGCGUCCGCAGCAGAAUUCGUGGUUUGGAACAGACAAACAGUACCACAAGUUAUGAAGAUAGUGAGCACCAGACUCCCCCUGAGAGACCUCAUCUCCCUAUUGCUCCUUAGCCCUUGGGUUCACCGCACUCUCACCUCCCACCACUCCCUCUGGCUGGCACUUGAUUUUCAUGAGAUGGCCGAUGCAGGAAAUCGCCUCGUGGCUGCCCUUUCUCUUCAAAGAUAUCGGAAUGUGAAGCAUAUAAACCUUGAGUUUGCACAGGACGUGGAAGAUGGGAACCUCCAAGAUGUCAAGAGAAAGUGUGCGGAUUCCCUUCAAAACCUUGAGAUAUUGAAUCUAAAUGGCUGUCAAAAGAUCUCAGACAAAGGAAUUGAAGCCAUAACAAGUAUCUGUCCCAAACUAAAGGGAUUAUCCAUAUAUUGGAAUAUCAGGGUCACAGAUGCUGGCAUAAUGCAUUUAGUGAGAAACUGCAAACUUGUGGUUGAUUUGAAUUUGAGUGGAUGCAAGACUAUUACAGAUCAAACGUUGCAUCUAAUUGCUGACACCUAUCAAAAUAUGGAAUCACUGAACAUCACUAGGUGCAUCAAGCUGACAGAUAGUGGUUUGCAAAGAAUAUUGCUGAAAUGUGCUUCUCUUCAAAGUCUGAACCUUUAUGCCCUUUCUGUGUUUACGGAUGAAGCUUACAAGAAGAUAUCACUUUUGCCUCAUCUGAAAUUCCUUGAUCUCUGUGGUGCCCAGAAUCUAACAGACGAUGGGCUUUCUUGUAUUGCACACUGUAAAAAGCUAUUGUCUCUCAAUCUGACAUGGUGUGUAAGAGUUACCGAUAUUGGGGUCAUAGCAAUUGCGCAAGGUUGCAUUUCCCUUGAAUUUCUAAGUUUAUUUGGAAUAGUUGGGGUGACUGACAAAUCCCUGGAGGCACUCGCAAGCUCUUGUUCAAAAACACUAACAACUUUGGAUGUGAAUGGCUGUAUUGGCAUAAAGAAUCGAACCCGGGAUCAACUGCUCAAGAUGUUUCCUAACCUGAAGUGCUUCAAAGUGCACAGCUGAUGUUUGGUUGUUUGGAUUCAAACCUUUCUUUGGGAGCAUAUAUCACCACAUUAGGUCUUUCUAAUGCAGUGAUGCAACAUAACCUGUUGUUAAAACAUCCCUCCUAUGCGCUACUAAAGUUCAAUUGAAAAUGUUUUUUCCUUUGCCUUUGCAGAAGGUUUCCAACUUGACAUGUAUGAUAUAACUCUUGCAUUUUUUUUCUUCAAUCGAAAGAAUAGAAAACAAUGUCAUCAAUCCUUAUCUGUGCCUAUUUUCAUUUCUAGUUUGCCAAUAGGCCGUUUGCUUAAGAUUUUGUUAGUCACGAUUUCCUUUUUAUCCGUGUCACGGUUUCCACUCGA